AUGGCCCAACGUCUCCUCCAGUCCUUUCGACGGUUGCCUGGUAAUUUUGCCACUGUAAAGAAAAAGGCAGAGUUAUCCGAAGUUCAUGGAAGCUCCUACAAAAUAAAUGUUUGUGCGGAUUUCGGAUUCCCUUCGAAGCCCACUUCCAUCGCCUACGACUCCACCUUAGACUUACUCGCUUUGUUGACAAGAGACGGAAAUCUGUCUGUCUUUGGGAAGCCUGGUGUGGUUUUUACGGGUGCGCACAACAAUGAAGCGGAAUUCAUCCAAGUUCUUUUUAUCGUCGGUGAAGGCCAUGCUAACGAACUCGAUGAUGAUGCAGACUCUUGGCCCCCGUUUCGCCACGCGGGCGUAUUCGACCCUUUCAUUGACGAUAAUCGCGUCUCUGUGCAAGUUAUCAAAUUGGUAGACAAUACCGUCAUUGUCGGUGGCGCUGCCGGACAGAUCACCGUUUGGCAGUUUUUGGAUCAUGCCCCUCCCCUAAUUCCCGCAAAUGUGAUAUUGAAAACUGAGCUCCCCGGGUUCCAUUGGAAAGGGCACUCUCCUCUUAAGCUCCAAACAGGGGUCGAACAUGGUGUCAUCUUGUCCACCUCCCCUGCUCAACUGCAAGCUGUCGGUGUGUUGAUGGUCCAACCACCCGGUCGAUGUACUUCUCUAGGGUUAGCGGAGGCACCUACACCACAUCGGGAUAUAAAGACUCUCUCAGUGUACCCAGCACCUUGUUCCAUCGGAGUUUUGGUCGCACUGGGUACUCCUCACGGGUUUGGUGUCGUCUUCCUUCCUCCGUCCAAACCGCCACCUACAACUGCAACUGACCAGUCCAUUUCUCAGCCUCCCGCGCAGUGGGAACCAGUGACUCCGGUGGUUCUUCUAGCUGAAACAACCCUACCCGACAACUUGGACGCGUUGCAGGAAGCCGCUGCAGGUGAAGGCUGGGCACGUCGCCGCACUCGUGAGUUAAAGAAGAGUCUACGCGAUUCUUUCCGUCGACUCAAACGAAUGCGGUCUACAAAGGCAGCAACGACAGAAGUCCAGCCCACGCAGAUAAGCCGAGCUGGAAUACGUCGUACUGUUACUCAGAACAACCGCGCCAUCGGACGUACAGUAAACAGUGGUCCCCUAGAAGAUGCGGAGACGCGCGUGAUGAGCCUUAAUAACACCCCUGUUCAUACCUCAUCCGGUUUUCCACCCGUGAGUGUCGAGCGCGAAAUUUGCGAUCGGCCGCUGGAGUCAGCUAGCACGGCUAUUGUUUCUUGCUUUGCAUUUGGACCUCCACUCUUCCGGUUCUCCACCUACCAAUCAAAUUAUCCAACCAACCAGCCGGUUGGUUCAUUGUUCGUGGGGACUAAGGCAGGAAUCGUGAAGGCAUACGCAUUGUUUACCGAUGUGAGCAUACACUCGUCAGUUAAACCAUCUAUGUUUCGGCUGCAACUCGCCAAGCAGCUCAUAUUACAACACCGCGCUCCUCUACUCAACCUACGUCUCGUGGACGGAAAGUCCUAUUUCCCUUUCUCCCCCCAUAGCCUAAAUUCACCCCUCACUUCCCCAGUUCGUCCAACCGUUCCGCCCUGUUUGUUAGUCACUACGGAAGAACAAGUCCGUCUAUUCAGCUUACCUGCUCUACGCCUACGGUACAAAGCGCGUAUUACAGCGAAAGAUGGAUACCGCAUCAAGGCGGGCGCCCUCGUGUCUUUCCGGUUGCAUUCUAAGUCCCCUUCAUCCAAUGACAAAUCAGCCGACGUUGAUUCCGCCUGUGGUGAUCUUGACCGAUCGGCAGCCAGCUCAACUUCCACUCCUAGUCAUCAUAUUCCCAUCCACAGCGAUAUGCACAGUUCAGAAUUUUCUUAUGUCUUCACCAACGUUGGAGGACAAGCAGUCAUCCUGUCUGUGCCCCAUCUGACCCGGAAGGAUACCUUCGGUCUUUUGGAUUUAACCGAUGUCGUUGCCGUUAGCUCAGUAGUUUUCGCAGAGCCUGGCUGUUCCAGUCCACCCAGCGAGUCUACCGUGUCCGCUCCCUCACUGGGUCUUUAUCAGCUAGCACCUGGUCAGCUAACAUUGUUUGAUGUGGUACGCACCGGUCAGCGAGCAAGUUUACUUGGCGCAUCUUAUCGACCAGUUCAUCGUCUCCCACCGCUGAGCCCUAGUGCCACCGGGCAGUUUGUCCGACCCAUGACGACGGAAAUUCAUACUGCCACAAGCAACGGACCUUCCGCUGGCUCAUUUUCCUCUUCUCAACGGUUCCUGCAGCCUUUAUGCAAAAAUCAGCAACCCUCUUCAUCGCAUAAUACAACUGUACACUCAGGUUCAUAUGCGAGCAGUCAGGUGAAUUCCUCUCUGUUGUCCAACACCCUGAGUGAUUCUGUUCGUGACUGUGUCUCGUCUCCGUCUGGCUCUUCGGUUGUCAGUGAUCAACACAUCAUUCGCCGGUGAUCAGCUUGAUUCACAUUGUCUAACCCGAAGCUUUGUCAAUGAAACCAGCUGAAUUGAAUUACGUUUGCAGUUGUCUUUACAGGCAGUCUGUGGAGCGACCGACAAACAUCGAUUUCGUUUUGCUUUUUACUUUAUUUCCCUUUUCCCACCCUUUUUACCCACGCCAGCACAUCCAUUUUUAUUGAUGCUGAGCCACAGCGAUGGCUCAUCACGGAGCCCACCGCUUUGUGAUCACUGGGCCCGAAGAAUGUGAUUUCUUCUUCAUUCAAAACUUACUCGCGUAAAGCUUUGUGUUCAGUUCGUUGUUGUCGGGAUGACGUCGGUUUGCCUGGCUCCAUCUGUCACUUGGUCGUGAUCGCUCUCAGUGUGCACUUUGCGUUCACUUGUUUUCACGCUCAUGUUCACAUCUCACUUAUUAACGACUCAUACUUCCCUAUGUUACUGGGUGUCCCCGAGUGUUCGUAUUUGUCCCCGUUGCUGCACAGCUUUACCUCUGGCUUUUUCUUACUUUUUAUCAUCCAUCUGGUUAUUUUUAGGUUUUUUAAACAUUGUAGCCACAGUAUCCCAAGAUGCGUCCGCUUUGCUUGCACUGUUGGAGAAGUUUGAAAAAUACAUUGGGCUUUACUUCUCACGAACUUCAAUUGAUUAUUUCUCUAUUUCUAUCUAUAGUACUUUUGAUAGGUUUUAACUGUGCAGACUCGGGUUUUGAACAAG